AUGUCUGGCACGGACCGCCCUGAGGUGCCCAGCAUCCUUGUGAGUUCGCCUACGCGUCAAGAGCACGAUCUGCCGGCCGAUGCGGGUGCCCGAACCCCCACCACGCCCUCCUCGCCUUUCUCCUCGGGUGCCCUCCCGACGUCGGCUGCACCUUCUCCCAGCGUCAGGGUGCCGCCUUCGCCCUUCAGCCCUCCCCUUUCUUCGCGCGCUCGGCCCACGCGCACCGCGGCGGGCGGUGCUUCGCCGCUGGCUUCACCCGCCUCGCCCGCGGCUGCCGACACUGUCUCUACAGUGACUUCCACCCUCAGCCGGUUCACAGCCCACCGCCCCUACCGCACCCCAGACAUGGGCCUCGAGGUGCUCCAGGUCGACGUGGACACUGCAAAGGUGAAUCCCACCUAUACGGUGCAUCUGGAGGGCGAGUGCACACUCAACACGACGCCGGAGACGAGGAAGGACAUUCAGGAGCAUCCGCGAGCCGCCCAGCUGCUCAAGGCUAACAAGGACCUGGUCAAGGGCUUCGCCGGCGCCACACUGAAGCUGCGAUUCGAUUUCGUGCACAAGGACACCAAGCAAAUGGAGCACCACUUCGCCACCGGCGUCGCUGUGGCUCCCAACCUCGUGCUGACUGUGAGGUGA